GGGACAAAAACACAAAAGCAUACAAGCACUAAAGAGCAAAAUAUGGAAGGGAGGAGGUCCACUAGUGCAAAUAUAGAAAACAGAAGGGCAUAAUCGUGAAGAAUCUCAUAUUAUAUUCCCUCAGUCAGCAACCACUGAGAAAGCAAGCAAAUCGGACAGUGAGCAGAAGCGAGUAAAACGUAUUUAAUUUUCACAACCUCCUCCACCACCAUUCCCUUACCCAUUUCCCCAAAUUUUCCAUAGCCCUUCUUCUCAAACCCUAGAAAUAUUCACAAUUUAUUCUACAUGGAUUUUUCCAAGAAACCCUUGCAAUAAAUCCUGAAUAAAAGACAAACCACAAGCACAAUUGCCCAUUGCUCACAAAAGCUCAGAUCAAAUAUGGCUGCAUUUUCUUCUUCCAGGUACUUAUUAGCCUUCUUCUUGCUCAAUCUUUACCUCAAAGUCAUGGAUGCCGACCCCAAUUUAACUUUUUAUUUCAAGAAUUUUGGUAAAGAUUCCAACUUUGAGUCCCAGCUUGCCCUGUUUGGGGAUGCUAAGGGUGGUAGGGACAACUUUUCUGUUCAAAUUUCUGGGUCUGGGGUUACUACUGCUGGGAGGUUUGUCUGCAAGAAGCCCCUUAAUCUUGUUCAUGAAAAAUCAAGAAAAAUGGUGUCAUUUUCGAGUUACUUUGCAUUUUCCAUGUCUGGGGUGAAUGGGGAUGGGUUGGCUUUUGUGAUUCUCCCUUCUCAAUUCCCUUUGAAUGUUUUUGAUGGUGGAGAGAUGGGGUUGUUAGGAGAGAGAAAGAUGAAGUUUCUUGCAGUUGAAUUCGAUACUUUUAAGAAUGAAAAACAUGGAGAUGUGAAUGCUAACCAUGUUGGGAUAGAUGUCAGUAGCCCUGUCUCUGUUAAAGUGAGCAAUGUUUCAUCCAUCAAUUUGGUGCUAAAUGGUGGGGAGAAGUUGCAAACUUGGAUUGAUUAUGAAGCAAGUAGUAAAAGAUUUGAGGUUAGGUUGAACAAAUUUGGUGAGAGUAGGCCACUUGAUCCAUUGCUCACUUACCCCAUUGAUCUCUCCAAAAUGUGGGGCGAUGAAGAUGUUGUUGUGGGAUUGAGCUCUUCUUCGAGUGCAAACUCGUCUCAGAAAAGCAAUGUCUACUCAUGGAGCUUCAAGUCGAGAAUCAUGCCAGAAUGGAUGCAUUCCGAGCCCUUGGAUCCACAGCACUUUGUUGGGAAGGAAGAAGAGAUGAAAGUUCGCAAGAGAAGCGACUGCACGUUGAGAAUUCUUUCAGCGUUGGUUUUUGGCACAGCAUGCGGAGCUUUGGGGGCAUUCCUCGUGUUGUUCCUGUGGACUGUCUUGGGGGAUAGGCGCCCCAUCGUGCCAGAGGAAUUUGUUGUGCAACCUAAGGAGUUGGAGUACAAGAAGUUUGAUGUUUCUGUAGAUAAAACCAUCGAAGGUGGUGCUUGAAUUUGCAGAGUAGAGAAUGUGGUGUUUUGUCAUUGUAAAUCCUCUCUUUUUUAGUACUUGGAAUGCUGUGGUUGCCAUGGUGCUGUAAUUUAGUGAUCAGUCAUUUUAAAUGUAGUUUUGAUCUAUUAUAUAUGUUGUGAUCAUUGAAAUACAGCUUCAUUUGGGAAA